AUGGAAAAGAGACGUGUGUAUUCCAAGGAUCUGAUCUUGUGUGAGGAGCGUUUCGCCAAGGCAAAGGCUAUCAACAGUAUCCUCCGACACGUUGCCGAACAGCUAGGAUACGAAAAAGAUGAGCAGUUGGAGUUCAAUCCAUCCUUAAAAAUUUUCAUACGUCGUUUAUCUUGGAGUUGUCACGUCAGCCAUAGUGACCUUUAUAUGCGAACAGCAUGGCAUUUUGACCGAAAAGAGAAGAAAAAGGCAGCUGCCUACGACGUUUUCAAGCGUGCGAUAGCAGACCCACAUGUUCUUGAUGAAUGCGACAUAUCUCCUGAAAUUCGUGCUGAUAUUGAAGUUUCAUGCUUUUCAUAUGAUGGAAUUGAUGCUAUCAAGGAAGCGCUGAUUGCUGGAAAGAACUGCUCCACUGAUAUUAUGCCCAUUAAGGCAACUGCACCUCAUUUCGUAGUCACCAAUCAAACCUUAGAUCGAGAGCAUGGACUGAGCGCUGUAAACGAUGCUCUUAAUGUGGUGAAAGAGACGAUAGAAAAGUACGGUGGAAAGUUCUCGAUAAAGGAGGAG